CGAGAUGUAAGAUGUCCGCGCCCGUAUUCAAACUUAUUUUUUCAAAAUAUUUACUAUUUGCUUCAUAUUUCUCAUCAUCUCGGUUGAAUUAUACUUAGUACCACAUGUGUGCAUGUAUAUCAAUGAAGGGAAUAAAAGUGUUAAGAUGCAAUAAAUGUACCUUACAUCUGCAUCUUUAGUUGAAGUAUCAAGCUGAGAUGGGGAAAGUUUUAUGUUUGGCAGCUGCUGUUAGUGUCAUACUGAGUUGGUCUCUAUAUACUGGAGUGACUUUGGCUCUGAUACGAUGGAGCAUCUAUAUCAUAGUGCCGUUUAUUGGAGCAAUGUUGGGUUUUGAGAUGAUGUUGUGUUCUGGGAAGCAGUACCAUCCUCCUCCUGUUGAGCAGGCUGGGACUGUAGCACAUGCUCUCCUAACUCGAAUUAUGCGCGGUAGACAGCAAGAGAAACCUCCUGUGCCAAAAGUUGUCAUAUCAAGUAACCUAGAUGUUGCAAUUCAAGAGGUUUUGGAUUACAUUCUAAGGGACUAUGUGCUUACAUGGUAUAAAGAUCUCAGUAUAGACCAACAAUCACUACUGACAACAAUGCAUGAAGAUAUCUGGCAGUUGCUAGGCAACCUGAGAGACAGACUGGUUAAGGUUGACAUGGUGAAGUUCAUGGCACAGGAUGCUGUUGAGAAAAUGACAGAGCACCUUGAAAAAGUCAAGAUAUCUGCUGGGAAAGGUUCAGAUGGAGAGAAGGUUAAGUUCCGUCUCUUGCCAUGGUUAGCCAGUGAAGAGAGGGAGAUUGAUUUCUUACGUCACAUCACAGAAACACUCCUAUUAACAAUGCUACCACCCAAGUACAGGGAGAAUGACAGCUGUAGGCAGCUGUUACGGGAACUUAUAGCUUGCUCUGUUUUGAAGCCUACAGUGGAUAUGAUAUGUGACCCUGACUAUAUAAAUCAGAAACUAGUGUCAUACUAUGAGUACAGGGAGAAACUUUUGACAGAACACAAGAGAACAUAUGCCUAUGCUGCAUCCUAUGAGGACUUCAUGAAGAUUAUAGAGACAUGUAUGGAUAUAGACCAUCUGCAGCAAAUGAGGUAUAGCAUAAUAGCUGAGAUUAUGCAAGCAACAACAAUCAACAACCUGAAGAGGGCACAGGGGAUAGACCUUGAGAAGGAAAUAUCACCCAAGGGGACUACUAAAGGAGACUUGCUGAAAGCUAGGAACCUUAAGAGAUACAUUAAUCAGCUGACAGUAUCUAAAAACAACUGUGAGAAACGUAUAACAAUGUUGGGAGGCCCCGACUACACAGACUCCAGUGAAAAAUCAGGGGACGCUGACACUGUUAACAUUCCAGGACAGAAGAUACUCUCAUUCUCAUUGAUCAUGAACACCGAAAUUGCCAGGAAUCACUUUAUGAAAUAUCUACAGAUUGAUGACAAUCAUUCAUUGCUUGGGUUCUGGAUAGCCACAGGGAGACUAAAGUCGACAGGGAGAAAGUAUCAGCAUAAGUUAGCCUCAGAGAUCUACCAGAUGUACCUGGUCAGUCAGACCAGUGUGGUGAAACUUUAUCUUCAUAGAGCUACAAUCAAGGGAAUGGAAGCUUUCCUCAUAGGGAACCAGGGCCCUGAGGCCUUCUUCACUGCCCAGGGUGAGAUCUACGCCAUACUUGAGGAGCAACAUUAUCAUUCCUUCAUCGUCAGUGACAUCUAUCAUCAGUAUAUGGUUGCUAGGGAUGCAGACAGCUGGUCGCUGGACUCCUCGGAUGAUCUGCUAGAGGCCAGGUCCCCACUGUCUCCUGACUUUGAACACAUUGAACAGCCAGCUAACUUCAUUGCUGACCAGUCAUUCUAUGCUCAACAGAAGUUGGAGAAGAUUGAUGAAAAGUUAAUGAAUAAGACCCAGGCUCUCCAAGCAUUGAAAGCAUCGCAGAAGUCUGAUCCAAAGAUAUUGAAACUAGAGGAAGAAAUAGAGAAUGAGAUAGAAGGGCUAGAAGCAAACAAACGUCAACUAGAGUUCCACAUCGAUCGCACCGAAGACUGGAGUGAGAAUGUGGGAGACUGGAAAGCUUCUGUAUUUAAUACAGAGGUUCUAUCUGAGCAGGACAAACUAAGGCCAUACUUUGUAAUCAUCAUCAACACAUCAGAAAUAGAGCUAUCAAAACACUCAGCACUUGACAUGCCAAGCCAUGACACACCAAGCAGGAAGACACACCAUGCUGACACAUCAGAGUCUAGAAGAAGUGCAGAGGGUUGGGUCAUAUCUAGAACCCUGGAGGACUUCCACGCUCUACAUGAGAAACUCAUACAAAUCACACCAUGGCUAAAGAAGAAAGAACUGCCAGUGAAGAGUAAGAUAUUUUCCAAAUCCAUCGACACAUCAUUCCUAGAGAAGGCAAAAGUCUUGCUUAAUGAUUAUCUAGAGGCCAUACUUAAGGAUGACAGACUCUCCCAGAGUGAAGCAGUAUAUGCAUUCUUCUCACCCAGUCCAGAAUACCUAAAGCAGGCUUCAGAAGGCAUCAAGAGAACAAGAAGCAUUAUACCAAACAUAUUCAGAAGCAUGUCCCAGCAGAGCAAAGAAAACAGAGAUGAGCUACUAUUCUUUGAUGAAGAAACAUCAAAAGAUGACCAGAGCAAGGAUUCUAUUGCUGGUCCCCUUUACUUAUUUAUUGGAGAGGUAUUCCAGUUGAAGGGUGUCUUCAAAUGGCUCAGGCGCACUCUCAUCAUGUUUGUUCAAGUCUCCUUUGGGAGGUCUAUCAACAGACAACUCAGAGAGACUGUUGAUUGGUUGUUCUGUGAGUCAAUGUUGAUAUACUAUAUACAUCUGUUCAGGGACUCCUUAUGGCCCCAGGGUCAACUUGCUCCAGCUCUUCCUGAGAGGUCAGAUGAGGAGAAGCUGAAAACCAGACUUCAUGCUAAAGAUUUAUGUCUUGAAAACAUUCCAGAUGCGUUAAAGAACCUGGUUGGGGAAGAUAAUUCUGUUAGAGGCACGGUGAAGAUUUUUGAAGUUUUUCAAGAUGUCAGAAGAAAUAAACAACUUUUCUAUGUCAUAUUAGAACUAUACCUGCUAGAACUCUGCCCAGAAUUAAGACUCCACCAACAGCAUGCUAAUAAUCCCAGACUAGACUCUCAAGCCUCAGACUAUUUAAACAUAUCCACAACACAAGAUGACAACAUCAACACUAUUGAUCCUUCUAAGGGGUCUGCAGAUUCUGACCAAUCUAAACUGCUGGAGCCAGAUGAGAAAUCAGAACAGUUGUUAUAUAAUACAAAGCCUGUGAUCCCUUUCUACAGAUUUUGAUGAUAGAUUUAUGAUAACUUGAAAGGGGAUCCAUUCCCACUUAAUGUAUCUACAUGUAUUACACCCACUUAAGAAAAAAACAGGAGGAACAUUGUUAAACUUGGGAUAUGACGACUCUUCUUUCGCCUAGUGUUGUGUUCUACUAUGUGAGACUUGCAGUAUUAGUUUUAAGUGCAAUAAUGUAAUAUUAUUAAUAAUGUAAAAUGAAAUCGGAAAAUUCAAUGGAUAACAUAAGUUGUUACAUAACUCUUGUAUGAUAGUGUGUUGAGAUAUGUGAAGUUAAAGUGUAAACUUUCUCCAAAAAAUUGCUCUGAAUCCUUCUCACAGGAAAGUUUGUUAAUGUCUGAUUAUAUCUGCAUUUGAUUUUUUCUUCAAUUACAGGUUAGACAAAGAUGCUUAAUCACCAACAUACAGAGACAUUGAUAUACAGUACUAGUAAUAAUUGUGGUGACAAUUAAGCUUAUAAACAUGUUUUGUCUGAUCUGCUAGUGCCUGCUCUAUAUUUUAGGUCCUGGCGCUCAUUUUAUGAACUCAAAUGCAGUGUAUGCCUUCCUCCGAAACCGGGUGUCCAGAACUCAUCCACAAGUUUCUUCCUUCCUACAUAUUUGACAUUCUGAUACACAUCGCAUCUAAAUACCUGUCUGUGUAGUUGACCUAUGAUACAAGAAGAGAGGGCCAUGGCAUUCCAUGAUGCAUAUUGGAUGAUGUCUGGAGCCUUGCGUUCGGAGGAUGGUCUUGCUCUUUCCAUGUUUUUCUCUACAAACACAAAGACAUACGACUUGACUGUUACCAAGCAAAUAUCCACUUCUAAUUGUUAAAAUGCAUGCCUGAAUUUUGAAAUAUUUUGGUAAAACGUUUUGUCAAGAGUGUUAGAGCAUGGUAUAAACAUAAGUAACACAUGACAAAUUUAAACGU